AUGGGCCUGAGCAGACGCCCAUGUGCGGACGCAUCAUCGGUGCUGUCAAUAAAGAUAGGACAACGCUACUUCUACGCCGCCGACGCGUACGAGUGCCUGACCAGUGUCCCGUUCCACGAGGCAAUGGCUCUUCGCUUCAUCGACUACUACAACACCACGAUGCAGUUCCAGAGCACCCUGGCGUACCUCAAAGAUCCGCCGGAAGGCUAUCAACAGCCUGCGUUUGACCUUAUGCAGGGAUUGGAAGAUCUGAAGAAGAAUGUUACGGCGGGCGUCUUUAAGAAUCAGUACGAUUUCGAGGCUACCUUACAGUACCUCGUCUAUUCGGUCCAUGAUGCCCACGUCGAUCUGUUCGCGGGCGUGCUUUCCGCCUUCUCCUUCGCCAGCCCGUGGCCUCUCGUCACGGCAUCCAUCGACGGGAAGGAGAUCCCAAAGGUCUACUUUGCAAGCGACGUUAUUAAUCGCAGGAAUAACAUCACCAAAGGCAUUGAACCCUACAUCUCCGCUGUGUCCCACAUCAACGGCCGACGAGCAAUGGAUUUUCUGACCGAUUUUGCGGCUCUACAGUCCGUGGGCAUGCUUGAACCCCAUGCCGAUUGGAACGAACUCAUGGACAGCCCGGUCCAGGACAUCCAUGGGGUCUACAGCAUCUUCGCCGGUGAAAGCACCUUUUACCCCGGCAAGACUUUGAACUUCUCGUGUGAAGAUCAGACAGUUUGGGAGACUUCCUGGACCGCCAUCUAUAAUAACCCCGAGUUUACCGGUCCCCUAACGACAGGGGGCGACUUUUACAACUUCUUCGUCCUGGGAUUACUGCCUGCAUCCUACGAGGAGGUCCCACUCCCAGUAGUUUUUGGAGGACAGCCCUCUGGAAAUGCGUCUGUGGAAGAAGUAUCAGAUGUCGCCAACGGAACCGGAGAGACCGGGACGACCGAUAACUGGAACCAGGCAAGUUACGGUGCCUUCCCGAAAGACCCAGACAUCGUCCAAUUCGACCUGGGUCUCUACGGUGGCGGCAUUAUCACUGGGUACUUCUACGAUGAUAUAUCGACCGGAGUGAUCAGCAUCCCCCAUUUCGAACAGUACGACUGGGACUUUGGCAAUUUCAGCCAGUCGCUCGCGGACUUCAUGGACGGUGCUAAGGCAAGAGGACUCUCACACAUCAUUGUCGACGUGCAGAAGAACUAUGGCGGCUCUACCGGCAUCGCAUUGCUACUCUUCCGGGAACUCUUCCCAGGAAUCGACCCGUUCACGGGAAGUCAGCGGCGUAGCCACGAGCUGGGCAACGUUCUGGGCUCGUCCACGACAAGCAUCUACGAGAGGUGGGCGGUUGGUAACGAGACGCAUAGGGAUGAUGCCCUGGCUCUCAUGGCGGAUGAGUGGGUAAUCACAACAAAAGUCAACGCCGACACGGGAGUCAACUUCACCUCUUGGGAGGAGUAUCAAGGUCCCAGACAGGAGAAGGAUGAGAAGUUCUCUCUCGUGGAAGAAUAUGACCUCAAGAACCCGAACUUCCACGCUGCUGCAUUUGACGGAUGGAUUCUGAAUCGCUACUUGGACGAGGACGAUGCGGAAAGGAAAGAAGCUGUGUGGGCCCCUGAAGAUGUGGUUAUCCUCACCGACGGAACCUGCUCCUCCGCCUGUGCCAUCUUCGUCGAACUCGCAACAACUCAGGGCGGCGCCCGGACUGUCGUCGUGGGCGGCGCGCCUAAGCCAGGCCCGAUGCAAGCGGCCAGCGGAACUCGCGGCAUGCGCAUGUACUAUAGCGACGACCUAGACAUCGACAUCUCGUGGGCUAGAAAUCUGAACGAGACGGCAAAUGACCGUCUGCCCGCCAACAGAAACGAGACAGGCAUCUACAUCAACUACGCCGGCUUCAACCUCCGCGACCAGCUGCGCGAGGACGAUGUCUCCACCCCUCUCCAGUUCCGCUACGCCGCGGCCGACUGCAGGUUGUACUUCACCCUCGAUAACGUGUACAACAUGUCGGCUCUGUGGCACGACGUCGCGCGCGCCGCCUUCGAGGACCCCAGCCUCUGCGUGGAGGGCUCGACGGGGUAUACGUCCAGGACCGCCAACGGCGCGCCCAAGGCCCCUCCCAGCCGUUCUGCCGUCCGCGUACCCUCGCCGGAGUCGGCGACAGCCUUCACCACCGACUAUGAUCCUAUUUCCUACGACGGCCUACCGGCUGGCCAGCCUAGGACAGACGUUCCCUACGAGCUGCAGCGACGGACGAGUCCGGGUCAGUGUCUGUACCAACAGCUGUGCAGCGUUCUCGGUGUGUGA